UCACUGCGGCGGUGGGGUGCGGAGCCUUAUGGGCCCAUAGGCUGCAGGCGCGAGCAUUAGGUACACGUGCUGUGGCGGGCAUUUGGUGUAGGCACGGCUGGGGAAGCGAUGGAUUUGGUGUGGCUGCGAGAGCUCCUUUCUAAGCAGGUCAAAAUCACCUUGGUGUGUGGGACUUACUCGGGAUGUCUUCGGCAUGUGGAUGCUGCCACGAAGGCCAUCGUGUUGGAUCAAGUUGAAGACUUGGAAAAUAACCGGAAGUUGCCUGGUAUCAAAAUGUUUUUUGGGUAUGAGAUCAAGAAUUUGGAGAUCCUUGAUGUCUUGCCCACCAGCUUGCCCAAUGGAUCAACGAAUAAGACAACAAAUGUCAGCAAUAACAAAAGGGACAAAACAGAAGACACAACUCCAGAGAAGGCUUUCAGAGAGCAACAUUUCUCAGAGUUGGAUGAUGAAAGUUUGAAAUACAUAAUCAUCGACCAAUUUCAUCAAAAGUUUGGUCCUGCUAUCUUCCACAUUAAACAGCGAAGUGUGAUUGGGGUUGCAGUGGAAGGUAUUGAUAUCUGCCGCUUUGGAAAGCUCUGCUUGAUACAGAUUGCAACAGAGGAUCAAAUUUAUCUGUUUGAUAUUUUCCUUCUGGGACCAGUGGCAUUUAAGAAUGGACUGAAAAUGAUUUUGGAGGACUCUAAUAUACUGAAAGUGAUCCAUGACUGUCGGUUGGUCUCUGACUGUCUGUACCAUCAGUACAAAGUGGAUCUCGCCAAUGUCUUUGAUACUCAGGUUGCAGAUGUUCUGCAGUUCUCCUUAGAAGCAGGAGGUCUUCUUCCCAGCUGUGUCAGUACAUUGGAAGAAAGCCUGGUCCAUCAUCUUUGCCUCCCCGCAACGAAAACCCUGUUCCUGCAGCACAGCGCACGUGCAAUCAAGGUUAACCCAAAGGUGUGGACCUUCCGUCCACUCCCUACAGGCUUGAUGCAGAGAGCAGCAUUGGAGGUGAUGUACCUGCUUUCACUCCGUUCCGCCCUGAUGGACAAGUUAAUGGCGGAUUUCACAACUCAGGUGGAUAACUACCUGAGCAUGUACAGAAAUAUGCCCUGCAUCAACCUGGGAAGUGCUGAGAAUUACCCAAUGGAACUUCCAUAUGAAUUGAAGGAGUUAACUGUUAUUCAGAGGCUGAGAAGAGAGGAUGCUCUGAAAAACUAUAAAAUGGAUGAGAAUGGCCUUUUGGUGAGACUAUAUCCUCAAUCUGAGAAAAUGCCUGAGGCAAAAGGAAGGGUAAUAAACAUAGAUGACAUUCCAGAGCUUGAAGCUACUGACCCUUCAGGAGAAAAUUUAUUAGAAAUGCAGAAUGAUGAGAUUCCAUUGCUUGAACCAAGCCCUGAUUGUGGUGAAGACCUUUGUCCUCCCCUGGAGGAAGUCAGCCUUUCAGCAUUCUAACUGACAAAAAUCACUGCUGCCAGUGCCCAACUUUGUGCAGAAAUCAAUUGACUGAUUCCAGAGAUGGUUGAGUUGAAUGUCUGUCUUAUCGUGGAGGUGAUCAACCAUUUUUCAACUUCAUGUCGCUGUCCCAAGGUGUGUUUCUGCCAGACUCACAAGAUCUUUGCACAAAACCAAGACUUGCCCUGCAGAUAGUAUCUUUCAAAUUAGUUUCUAUCCCACUUUCCAGAAAUGCCCUUUAAGAUAGGAGAAUCUUUAAGAAGACUUUGUGCUCUGCGUUGUGGCCAGACCCUGCUUCAAUUUAUAGCGACUUCAGCAUAGCUGAGUGCUUUCAUGCUCUAUUGUGCUGUACAUGAAGCUUGGGUUUCCCACACAGUGUGUUUCAAUUAGGCCAAACUGUAGGAAGGGAGCCAAGUGAAGGCCAGGUGUGUCAUUCAUGGUGAGAGAAACGAAAGAGUAAGCCACCUGCCACCAUCCUAACCUGGGGUUGAGAUCUGGAUCUAACUCCCAGUUGAUUGCCUUAGCUAGACAUCAAUGUAAAGCUAAAAAACAACUUGAGUGGUUCGUUUGGAGAAAAGACACGUGAAAUAGUAGCAGUACAUCGCCAGUAAAUGACUGCACUAAUGAGACAUGUUUAUGGCCUCAUUGUAUUGUCUCAUACAUUUCCAGGAUAUUGUAUUUUUAAUGCUCUCUGAUUUAUGACAUUAUUUUAUUUUGUUUACUUUUAAAAAAAAAUUCAGUCCAAUAAAACUGUGUCAAAGUCUGUCUUCUUUCCUAAAUAAAUGAUUUCUUCAUAUAUA